UGAAUUUCCUUAGUUUAAUAGCAUUAAAUCAAUGACAAAUUUUCCUUUGACUUUUACUUCCAGGUAUAUAAAUGUGUCGCUUAUGUUUUUGAAACUUAGUUUCAAGGCACCUUGAUUCAGGAUGAUAGCUAUGGUAAACAAACUUAUUUUAUUGCAUAGAAGCAAGUCUAUUUAUAAAAGUUUGAAUCAAAUAAAUAUAAUACAAAAAGAAAUCUUUGCAUCUAUAUGUAAGCACAAAUCUACAGUUACAACAGAAAUACAGUUACAGAUCUCAAAGCAAAAUGAAAUAACACAUGUUGAAGAAAACCCACAGAAAAAAAUCACACUGGCCGAUGAAAAUGUUAGUCUAGUCAAAAAUACUGAAAAUAGAAAUGAUGACCCAAUUACAAUGAUACCUCCACAAGUGCGUCACCUCCAAGAUACUCGUGUCUUGUAUAGCUCACUUUUCCCCAAAAGCUACCGGAUGCCAAUUUCUCAUCGAUAUGAUUUAAGGGACAAACAUAUUGAUUUAGUGAAAAGCCAGAGAGAAAAGAAUGCUGCUAGUGCCAUAGUUGAAAUGAGGGACAGAAAAGCAAUGGAGACUGCAUCAUUAGUGGCAACUCCUCAAGACUCAGAAGUUUUCCCGUAUGCCAAAAGUACCAAAUUUUUACUGGAUGCAAGUUCAUGUGAUACCAAUAAAAACUUUGCAAUGAUAGAAAAAAAUAGAAUACAGUAUGAGUCUCUGCCAGAGUUAGACUCAAAAAAGGAAUUGGCUGCACUACUUGAUCAGUAUGAAGCAGGUCAUAUUACACCUAUAAAUCUCAAUAAAAAUUCUCCUGUUCGGCGGAAAUCCUCUAAGUAUUGCUACAAUGUCAGUAAGCCCAGUCAAUCCAAUGCAAGCACACCCAUUUGGAACCAAUCAGGCAAGAACAGUACAAGCCCAGUCGACAGUGGUGAGGAGUUGCUCAACAGGAAUGGAUGCCCAUCACAUUCAAGCUCACUGAACUCAAGUAUACACAACUGCUCUUAUGAAGUGCCUGCUGCAGCAAGUUUGAAAAAUCCAUUGGCAAAUGUUUGCAGCGUGUGCAAUACACUUCUUGGAGACCUACCAUUAUCAGAUAACUUGGAGCAGCUGCCAAUUUCAACAGAUUAUCUUGAGAAUCCUCAAAACAUCUGCCAGAGCUGUAGUUUUGAUGCUGUUCAUAAGUCCACUUUGCAGGUUGUUGUACGUCAUGAAGAGUAUUUAGAUGUUCUCCGGCCAAUGUGCACACAGUUCUCCCUUGUGUUACUUGUUCUUGAUUUGAUGGAUGCACCCUGCUCAAUACAUCCCAGCAUCAUGGAAAUCAUUGGUCGGGGUCAGCCUGUUAUUAUAGUGGCCAACAAAUUUGACUUGUUACCUAGGGACUCUAAACAAUCUCUGAGGACUAUCUGGCACAAUACCACUGAGCUGCUCAAGAAGUCAUGCCUAGCAUCUGCCAACAUCAUCGACACUGUGCUGGUCUCUGCUAAGACUGGCUUUGGAAUUACCCAGCUCAGUUCUCUCAUACUUGGCCAGUGGCGUGGAAACGGUGACAUAUUCUUGCUAGGGAGCGCAGGCUGUGGCAAAACCACCUUGUUCAAAGCGUUGCUGCAGUCUUUCGGAUCUCACCAACAUCAUAGCUUGACUGAGCGUGUUGAGGCAUACAAGUGGCCACUCAGCAACCUCAAUCUGCUUAAGUUUGAGCUUGAUGCGUCGCAAGGAAAGCUGUGUUCCAUAGAGAGGAAUGAUCUCAUCGAACGUACAGUGCGGCCCUUCAAAUAUCUGCCACGUCCUAUUCCUGUAAAGACGUCCCUGCCUGCCCCUCCCACUCCCCACCUCCAUAACGCUCCACUCCUGUCUUCCAAGACUACGCCUCUACUUCCCCUAGAUGAGAAUGGAGCUGUCACAACAAGAACAGAAGACUGCGGUCACUCCUUGUUUACUGCAACAUCGGACGUCAGACUGCAGCAGCAACAACACCCCCAGACCCAACAACAGCAGCGAUCUGUUUGGCUACGGGACACUCCAAGUGCUGUCAUGCCCAUGCAGAUUUUGGAUCUGCUCACCGAAGACGAAAUAAAGUUGGUGAGGCCUCGCGCCACCAUACAGCCGCAGACGUUCAGGCUCGGCAACAGCAGGACGUUGCUGCUGGCAGGGCUGGCGCGCAUUGACGUGCUUUACCUUCACCAUCCCAAGCCUCUAGACAUCGGUUGGACCCCGCAUAACAAUGCCAAACUAACUGUGUACUGCGCCAAGGAGGUCCCAAGAACCGUCGUGAAGACAGUGGACGCAGCGUCAGUGUACCGAGACCACCUGGGGGACGAGGUACUCAUGGUGCCCCGUGGGUCUCCUGAGCGCCUCGGUCGCUGGGCGGCGCUGGAGCCUGUCAACUUCACUGUGACGGGACCAAAACUUGGCGUCGCUGCCGCCGACAUUGUCUUGCCCUCUCUAGGAUUCGUGUCAGUGUGGCUGCACCCUCUGACGGUGUGCUCGCUGCGCGUGUGGACGGCUGGAGGUCGCGGUGCAGUGCUCAGAGCUCCCAGUCUCCUGCCUUACGGCAUUCAUCUUAAAGGGAAGAAGCAGCGCGGCGGGAUUGUCUACGAUGACCACGAAGUUUUCCAAGAUAGAGUAGCUCAAUAUGACCCCAGCCAAUCGCCCACGCCUGAUAGACUUGAUGAUGUCGAUCAUAGAAGCAUUUACGUUAAAAUACGAGACCGCCUCGGUUACCAGUCUAAGGAAGCUCUGUAAGUUCAGUAAGGAAUGGAACCUGAUUAUAAAGUUGCACAUCAGUUGCUCGAAUUAUUAACCAAGAUUUGUCUCUUAAUAACCAAUAAUUUAAUUGAAAUAAUUUCUCACCAUCAAAUUUAUUCAUAGUCCUCUCAAAAUGUAACAUGACGGUUAAAUUGUUUAUUAAUUUGGUCUAUACCAAGACGAUCGCGUUAUUUGUCGCUAAUUCAGAGUGUUUUUUGCCGAUUUUAAAUUGUGUAAUAUUUUACUAAAACGCUCUUUUUUCUCAGGAGAUAGGUUUUUGAACGAAGCAUUUAAGAAAUUUUUAGCUCAUGAUGGAAAUGAGUAUUUACGCGACUUUGUACCAUAAGUGAUUAAAAAAGUUUGCUUGUCGAACCUAAACGAC